AUGAAUAGCGUAUUUUCUUUCGGAAAGAAGCUACAACAUCUUUGUAGCUCUAUAUUUUUAUAUCUUGCUUGUUUGUGUGGAUCAACAUGUUUCCUCAUUUCUUGUUUGUACAAAUCCAUCCUUUUUAAAGUUAACAAAUUUUUGAUACAAUUCUUUUACUUCAUCUUCAUCUCUAUUUUUGGUUUUUGGAUUCUCACAAUCUUGAAGCCAAGGAGUAGUACUAGUGAUUUUACACCUAGGAAAUUAGACUUGUAUUUCACUUCUGCUUCUGCUGUAACAGUCUCAAGCAUGUCCACUGUUGAAAUGGAAGUCUUUUCCAAUUCACAACUUAUUCUUAUAACAUUUUUAAUGUUUGUAGGUGGUGAGGUGUUUAUUUCCAUAGUUGGACUUUAUUUAAUUAGACCUAAGUUCAAACCAUGGAGAAAAGAUAGAAAAAUUGAGUCAGUACUUAGUAAUACUACUUCUUCUUCUCCGAGAAACUCAAAUUUUAUUGAGGAUAUUGAGUUGGACAUCGUGGUAAUACCAGAUUCCCCAUUUCAAGAUGAUUUUGUGUCAUCAGAUACACAAAAUCUCAAGUACCAAUGUAUUAAAUUCCUAGGGGUUGUAACGUUAGUAUAUCUUUUAGCCAUCCAUAUUAUUGGUGCAUCAUCAGUUCUAGUGUACUUAGCCUGUGUUUCAAGUGCAAAAGAUGUACUAAGAAACAAGGGGCUAAAUACCUUCACUUUCGCGAUUUUCACAAUUGUUUCAACCUUUGCUAGCUGUGGUUUUGUUCCGACAAACGAAAACAUGAUGGUAUUUAGCAAGAAUUCAGGCCUUCUUUUGAUUCUAAUACCUCAAGUCCUUUUUGGUAACACAUUGUAUCCAACAUGUUUGAGACUUUCUAUUUGGUUCUUGGGGAAAUUCUUUAAGAAAAGAGAAGCUAAAUAUUUGUUGAAACGUUCAAGAGAAAUAGGACAUCUCCACUUGCUUCCUAGCCAAAAUUCAAAAUUAUUAGUUGCUACAGUGUUUGGUUUCAUUGUAGUGCAAGUCAUCUUAUUUUGCUCCUUGGAAUGGAACUCUUCUGUUCUCAAUGGACUAAAUAGUUACCAGAAAGUUGUGGGAUCAUUGUUUCAAGUUGUGAAUGCAAGACACACAGGGGAAACCAUUGUUGAUAUCUCAACUAUUGCCCCAGCUAUUUUAGUGGUGUUCAUAGUAAUGAUGUAUCUUCCUCCAUAUACAUCAUUUAUACCAGUUAAAGGUGUUGUAGAGAAUCCAGAAGAGCCUGUAGGGGAAAAACAAGGAAGAGGAAAAGUUGUAGAAAAUCUCGUAUUUUCCCAACUUUGUUACCUAUUCUUGUUCAUUGUUCUUAUUUGCAUCACAGAAAGGAAAAGGAUGAAGGAUGAUCCACUCAACUUUAAUGUGUUGAAUAUCACUCUUGAAGUCGUAAGUGCAUAUGGAAAUGUUGGUUUCACAACAGGAUAUAGUUGUUAUAGGAUGAUAAAUCCAGACCCAACUUGUAAGAAUAAAUCGUAUGGAUUUGUAGGGAAAUGGAGUGAUGAAGGUAAAAUUGUUAUCAUUAUUGUCAUGUUUUUUGGAAGACUGAAGAAAUUCAAUAUGGAAGGUGGAAAAGCUUGGAAGCUCUUGUAA